UCUACCCCAUGACUUUUUCCACCUCACUGGAAUGUGAGCACUUGGGCACUUAUCACGGGCUCAUGGGUUUGAGAGGUAGUUGGGCGGCCAUGUAGGGGACUGGGACCCUAACUGAAUUCUUUUUAUAGGGUGGCAGGAGAUAAGAUGUGACAUACUUAAACCCUAAUCAGCUGCUUCACAAACUUGGGGACACAGACACACAUAGGGAGCACUAGACAUGGCGAGCAAGAAAGCAGCCGCCAAAAGAGGCAAAACCGCCCAGAGAAACUCAUCCAAUGUCUUCUCCAUGUUUGAGCAGUCACAGAUCCAGGAAUUCAAAGAAGCAUUCGGAUGCAUCGAUCAGGACAGGGAUGGCGUCAUUAAGAAGCAGGACCUCAGAGAAACUUAUGCACAGCUAGGCAAGCUGAAUGUCAGUGAUGAUGAGCUUGAAGCCAUGUUAGCCGAAGGGAAAGGACCCAUCAACUUCACCGUGUUUCUCACUCUCUUCGGAGAAAAACUCAACGGCACUGAUCCCGAAGAGACCAUUCUUGCUGCUUUCAAACUGUUUGACCCAAAUGGCACUGGCUAUGUGAACAAGGAUGAGUUUAAACGGCUUCUGAUGAACCAGGCUGACAAAUUCACAGCUGAAGAGGUGGACCAAGCCUUCUCUGUUGCACCGAUUGAUGUGGCGGGGAAUAUCGACUACAAGUCCCUGUGUUACAUCAUCACACAUGGCGAUGAGAAAGAAGAAUCAUAAAGAAAAACAGAGAUAAAAAAAGAAAGAAAAAAAAACUUGUUCCCAAAUACACCUGAUCUUAACCCAUAUACUCUGUGCUUCUGUACCUUUAUUCUGAUAUUUACCUUUAACCAGUCUUCAUUACUGUGUUAUAGUAAGUCCCAAAAUCAGCUGAUUGAGAUUUCCCUGAUUCACAUAUAUAACUGGGGAGCAGAAAUAAAAACUGAUACUAUACUGUAGACCUAAUUGUGUUUGAAUGGCUUUGAGUAACUGAGAGAUGAGAAACAAAUGCUGUUUCAUAGGGGUCAGAUACACACAAACUGAUUUGUUAUCAAGUGCCUGUGUGAACUGAGAUUUUAAAUAAAAUGAA